AUGGCUUCAGAACAGAGUGGCUUUGCCAUCACACCAGAGAACUUUGAGGACUACCAGACCCACUUGUUCACGGCUCUGGUGGGCGUGACGAAAGCCUCGCAAUUUCUGCAACCAAACGAACUAGGUUUCUACAAGGCCUCCGUGGAAGGUUUCGACGAGUCCCUGACAAACGCUGGAGAUCAGCUACUGGAAGCAUGCAACCGACUGCUAAAACACUCGACGUCGAAAGCGGUUCCCACUUCUGACCGUGUGAGGCCUUUUGAGGAUGCGGACGACGUAACGGACCGUUUCGCUGCCGUGGUAGACACGGUUGACCACUUGCUCGAGAAAGCAGACAUGAACCUCGACAAAGUCACAGGCCGAAUAAAGAAGAACGCCCCCGGCAACGUCCCCGGGCAAAGCGCCCCGGUCAUAAUGCAAGUGCAAACAAAACAAAACACGUUCCGCAAAGUCGUCCACGCGCAGAACAUCUCCCGCCCGCAGCUGAGCUUCGAGGAUAAGGUGGAUAACUCGAAUACACCCUUUGUGAGGAAGAUCACGCAGAAGCCGAAUGCGAAACGGCCGUUGGAUUAUGGGUUACCUGGGUCUGCGGAUUUGACGCCGGAGAUGAGCGCGCAUUUGAGGUCGUUGGGAAUUACCGAUGCUAGCUCUUCGAAGACUAGUCAUCCACAUCCGUACGAGUACGAGAUCCAGAACAUAGAAUACCCUCACCACAUGUUCGAAGUUCGCCCUGAACAACUCUACGAAUCGAUGGAGGAAACGCCGUAUACGUACGUGGAUACCGAUGAGAAGCUGGACCGAUUAGCGGCGUUGUUGGACUCGGUUAAGGAGAUUGCGAUCGAUACCGAGCAUCACGAUUACCGAACAUUCCAAGGAUUCGUGUGUCUGAUGCAGAUCUCGACUCGAACAGAAGACUUCAUCAUUGACACUCUAGCCGUGCGGAGUCGGAUGCACGUGCUGAAUUCCAGCUUUACGAAUCCGGAGAUUGUCAAGGUCUUCCACGGCGCCGACAUGGAUAUCGUAUGGAUGCAAAGGGACUUUGGGCUUUACAUUGUCAACCUGUUCGAUACAUACCACGCAUCACAUCUUCUCGAGAUGCCGCAUCAUGGACUUGCGCAUCUCUUGAAGUACUACUGCAAUGUGGAGACGAAUAAAGCAUACCAGCUGGCGGAUUGGAGGAUAAGACCUUUACCGAAGGAGCUACUGAAGUACGCACGAAGCGAUACCCACUAUUUAUUAUAUAUUUACGACCGAAUGCGCAACGAGCUCCUCACCCUCUCCAACCCCGAAACGCACAACCUCAUGCGCGCGACCCUAACCCGCUCCGCCGAAACAGCACUCAAAAAAUACGAAAAGGACAUCUACGACUCGGAAACGGGCGAAGGCCCCAACGGCUGGCGGCAGACCCUACGCAAAUACGGCGGCGCCCUCCGCCCCGAACAGUUUGCCCUCUUCCGCGCCAUCCACGCCUGGCGCGACCACACAGCCCGCGAAGAGGACGAGUCGCCCCGAUACGUCCUCCCCACGCAUAUGAUGUUCACACUCGCGGAUAGGAUGCCCACUGACCAGCAGGGGAUCCUUGGGUGCUGCUCACCAGUGCCACCGUUGGUCAGGAUGUACGCGACGGAUUUGGCGCUGAUUAUUGAGAAUGGGUUGAUUGAAGCGACACGGUCAAGGGAACGCAACGAGGCGCUAUUGGCGAAGUUGAAGGAGGACGAGAGGGAGUGGAUGGAGCGGAAGAAACGCGGGCCGCAGCAUUUAAGGUUUGGGGAGAAAGAUGAAGGGGAGGUUACGACGGGGGAGAGCACGCCUGCUGAAGGGCCUCCACCUAUCUUGGAAAUCCAAACCCUACCGACUUCAAGGCUGUUUGGGACGGUGAAAGACGCUGCGAAGACGUCGACAGUCACCCACGUCUCGAUUACCACGUCCUCGAUUUUCGGAACCACCGCAACACUCGACGCAGACGAAGAUGAGCGCGCCGUACAGGCCAAACGCCUCGCGGAGGAGAUCAGACGCACGUUGAGGCUCGAAGCGCCCGUAGGGCUAUUACAGGCCAAACGAAAACGAGACGACUCUGACGAUACGGAAUCCCCACUCCCAUCGAGUAAAUCCCCCCGCGCGUCAUUGGAGAAUACCACAGCGUCCAAAUCCCUCACACCGUCGGAAUCAAAAAUAUCUGCCACCCCACCCGCGCCAAUCCAAUCCCGUGUCGCACCCCCAACCACGACCCUCCCGACGGACAUUAUAACCCUCUCCGACGAGGAAAUCGAAGUCGCCGACAUCAAACGUAAAGGCUCUAAAGCCAGAAAACGGCCUAAAAAAGACGCCCUCACCACCGAUUCAUCCUCCCCCACCCGGGCCAAGAAGGGUAAAAAAGACUUGGAAUUCACACCCUACGAUUACUCCAAGAAAGGCCAGAGCAGCACCCACCAAGAGCCGAUGGAUGCCACGGAAGACUUUGAUGGGGUAUUCGUGUUGGAUAGUGAUGAGGAGCCCCAACAGAAACAGCAGUCGAAGAAGGGGAAAGGUCCAAAACAGCAACAACAGAAGGUGUUUGAGCCGUAUAAGCAGGGAGAGGGGCCUAAGCAGAAGAAGGAUGCGCGGGUGAAUAUGAAGCCGAAGAGCGGGAAUAAGAGCGGGACUUUUAGGCGGAACGACUAA